AAAUUUUCCUAAAGUUUUACAAGCGCAGCCUUUAACGUAAUUAUACCCAAACUCUCAUUUUGUCAGCUUCCCUGUUCAGCUCGGGCACCCCAUUGUCAUCUCCCUGCUCCUUCUCCACCGGCGAGCUCUCAUCUCCCUCCUCCUUCUCCAACGGCGAGCACGCCCACUUUCUUUAAAACCUUGGAUCAAACGAUUUUUGAUUCUUGAGUUUUUCCCCUAAAUGUUAUGGUUCUUGAAGAUUGUUCUUCAAUUUCUUGCACCUGGUAAUGGUAGAAAAUCGCAGAUGAGUUUGGUGGUACCAGCAGGAGGUGUUAUAUCGGUGCUGAAUUCCAACAUUUAAAGGUUCUUUGAUUCAUAUUCUUGGAGUCAAUGGAGGUUUUUCCAAGCAACUGGACAUUGUUCUUGAGAUUUCCAGAAUUAAAUUUCUACCGAAUGUUGCUCUUGCUGUUCUUCUGGACUUCCUUCUACAAGUUACCGCUUUUGUUGCACUGAUAGUAUUUGACUUCAAGAGGACUAGAGAUCAAAGAGUUGAUUGUUUUCCUUUCGGGAUGGUGUCCUCCCUUGAGGACUCAAACAAUGGGACCGGUCUUAGAAAACCUGGAUUUCUUGCUCGUUAUAUGAAGGAUGUCCAUGCGCCAAUUCUGAGUCUCUGGGGAGUGAAAAUACUUGUUGUUUCUGUAUUUGUUGCUAUGGCAUUGUCCAGCAUUCGACUGUCUUUUAUACUCAGCCCGUGCUUCUGUGCGCCCACACAAGAGGGUCUCAGCGCGUGUACAGACCUCUGCGCUCACACAGUUGUAGUCUUUGUGCACGCACACAAUUCCCAAAGCUUACUGCAUGGUUUUUGCAGAUUUGUGCACCCCCACAGGCAGGUUGUGCACCCCCACAGGCAGAUUUGUGCACCCCCACAGGCAGAUUUGUGCACCCCCACAGGCACAUUUGAUGACUUAGCAUUAUCCGCGAAAUACGAGGGUUGUCUACCUGAAAUACUAAGAAUAAGUAACGACCGAAGUCGUAUGUCCAACGAUGUAUUUUCUAUCACGUGA